CCCUUAUAAUAAUACCACCUCCUAAACAACCCCCCUACCUAACACAUUGAUAUGCAUUAUAUGACCUCCCAAAACACACACUACAAACACAUACGUCUGCGCCCUCGCUUUCCUACCCCUAAUCGGAUAAAUUCACCUGAUACCAAUAGAUUGUGCAAAUAUAUAUAUAAAAUUAAUUCUCGAGAAUACCUGUAUGACAGUCCAUCUUGAUCUGCAAACUAAGGAAUACAGUAUUAUUAAAAAAAACAUACCGCCAUCCUACUAACCCUAAUUACAUAACGACAGAUGUGCAGGAUGAAGACAACAUCCUCAUGGGAUGGCACCCGGAGCUUGCUGCUGCCAUCAGGCCCUUCUCUGCACUACGGCCGCCCACAGUCCACUGCCAGAUCGCAAUGCUUGCGAUCCCUGCAGACGUCUUACUGCAGGUAUAUGAAGCAACGAUGGGACGACCGCCAUUCCUGAUCGAGAACCUCUCCUUCAGCGAUUGGGCCUCGCUUGUACACGUCAUGCAAUGCAAACCACAGGAGCUAGACGCAAAAGUUCAAGACUUCCCUAGCAAUAUUGCUGAAUCCUGCAGAAAGGUGGCCAUCGAGAAUAGAGAACUUAGCCUUAUCAUAGCCAAGGCCGAGAAGAUCAUCCUCGAGCUUCACGGGUAUGAUUUGUCUCAUCUUGACACCGCAGGCCACGUCUCCAUCUCUCAGAGGAAUGAAACGUUCAGCGAGACAUACAUCAACCGUAUGUCACUCUCGCAAGCCGAGCUGGAAUACUUCAGGAAAAAGGAGGCCGAGAGAAUGAGCAAUGCACAUACGGAACUCACACCGCUCACAAGAGACGCAGGGCAUAAGUUCGCUAAGAAUAGCCCCUUCUUACUGCUCGCAUCCGACAGUUGGACAGCGAAGGCUGUGCAGCGCGUGCAUAACCGUCUAUGGAAGUUGGACACAUUCAACUACACAGCACCUAUCAGCGUGGAGGCAUAUAUGGCUCUCGCUGCAAUCACGGACGCAGAGGUAGAGAACUGCCGCAGUGCUGCUAGGAAUGGUACUAUCUAUUUCCCAGCAACCAGAGGCGGCUUUGACGCAGAGUUUCCCCCGAUUGCCGAACUCGAGAAGGGCAAGUGUGCAAACAGACCACUCCUUCAUCAAAAAGGCAUCCCGAAGUUUCCUGCAAAUCUUUCUGAACUCAAGAAGCUCUGGAACGCAGGAAGACCAUAUUUGAAGUGUACAUGCCCCAGUUGUGAGAAAAACUUCACAUGGUUCGACCACAUGAUUUGGUACAUCAUCGGUAACCUAGACAAAAUCGACCCGCGUGCUCCAUCAGACAAGAUCAGGAUGCUUGAAUUCCAAGCACUCCUUCGCACAACAUGGAGAAAGGCGAUUCUUGCACAAAUCUCCUUCAUCUUUAUGAGAGAAUACAUGAUCAAGAUCGUGAGCCUUCUCACAUAGAACAAAAGAAUCUCUGCCCUUCGUACACAAGUUCACCACUACGUUGAUUCCCGGUGCUGAAGGGUUAAUGGCGCAGUCUGCAGACGCACGGCGCAAUGCAGGUGUCGAAGACAAUUCACUCAGAAGAUGUAGACAGAUGAGGCUCGGAAACACUCCCACCUCAAUCGCGUCGCUUUCCACACCAGUCCAAAUGACCACUAAUACCCCAAUCCAACGUAUGCACACAGGCAGCACACACACAGUACCAGCUCACAGCACACUAGGUAGCACGGCUGGUACCAGCAACACACCCGAACAAACUAACCCCGCAAGA